CCCUGUUUUUCUUACCCUAACCUUAACCAUUCCCCACGCUUCACUCCUAAACCUCUACGUCGACACGUCUAGCAGAUCUACACAGCAUAACCGAGUAUUGGUCGGGAUCCUACAGCUGAGAGCCUCCUAUCUUCUGACUGAACAUCUGAAAUGGAAUUAAAUGGUAAAAUCGCAGUAGUGACUGGAGCAGCGCUGGGGAUAGGAAAAGCAAUAACAGAGAUACUCCUGAAAAAUGGUGCCAAGGUAGCCCUCCUGGAUGUGAAUGAAACGGCAGGGAAGAGUUUGAAGGAAGCUCUGGACAAACAGUAUGGACAGGAGAGGACUUUGUUCCUGAACUGUAAUGUUGAAUCAGAGGAGCAGAUCAAAGCUGCCUUUCAGAAAACUGCAGAACACUUCGGAGGAAUGGACAUCCUGUGCAACAACGCUGGCAUCUUGAAUGAGACCACAUGGGAGAAAACCGUCUCCAUAAACCUCAUGGGGGUUAUCAGGGGGACUUACCUGGCGCUGGAGCACAUGAGCAAGUUGAGUGGAGGUCGGGGAGGGGUCAUCGUCAACACUGCAUCCAUGGCAGGUCUCGGGCCUCUACCAAGCUGUCCUGUCUAUACAGCCACUAAGCACGGACUGAUCGGCUUCACUCGAGCCAUGGCGGCUGCCUCUACCGCAUCCGGUUACGGUGUGCGGUUCAACGCCCUUUGCCCAGGUUUUGUCCAAACUGACCUUUUCACAGCGAUCCCAUCCAAACUGGGACAAUUCUCCCACCUGGCUGAUGCAACUCAACAAUUAGCAGAAAAGUUUGGGAUAUUAACUGUGUCAGAGGUAGCGGAGUCCCUCCUGGAGCUGGUGACAGAUGAGACAAAGAAUGGGGAGGCCUUCCUGAUAUUCUCUCAAGGAAAGCAAUACGUUACUUUUCCUUCCUUCUCUUCAUAGCUCUCUGCAAUUACAAACCACAACCAACCUCAUACAGUAAUGGGUCUUGUAAUCAAAACUGCAAUGUUUCUCGGUGCUUCAAUGUGCAAAAUAAAAACUAUAUGCCUGAAGUGCCUUUAUGUACAGCAGAUAAUGAAUAUGCAGCUAAAAUAUCUUAAUGAAUAGUCAAUAAAAUAUACUGUACAUGGGAGGUCUAAAAGCUGUAAGCUUCUCUUUCAUUCAAUUUGCUAAUAGUAUAUCCAUUUUAUUCUAGGAUCCAAGGUUGCCUUAAAAUGCAUUGAAAACAAUAUUCAUACAUGUUGAUAACAGUGAAACCGUUUAAAUAAUGCUGACUUAUAAUAAUUGAUUUUGCUAACUACAAUACAUGUGCACAAGUGUGUCCUUAAAGUGCUAAUAUUAUGCUCAUCUUCAGGUUCAUAAUCGUAUUUAGAGUUUGUACCAGAAUGGGUUUACAUGGUUUAAUUUAAAAAAAAAAAACAUAUUUGUUGUACUGCACAUUUCUGCAGCGCCUCUUUUC